GGAAGGGUUACAUAGAGAAACAUAGCCGACAUAUUCCAAACCUGGUAUAAUGAGCCAGGAGAGAUGCCAUGUAAACAACAUAUAUCAGAGAAAAUUCACUACUAUAAAACUGGUCUUAAAUGACCCAAUUCAAGUGGACAUUGUCCGUAGAUGACAUUGUGUUGAUUACUUGCAGCCCAUAGAACAUUAAAUUUAUGAUACCAAACUCAUAAUCCAGAAUUAUUUUAUGUAUUAAUGUUUUCGAUUUUUCCACAGGAACCAUCCACACUAAGUGUUCUCUGGUCAAUUUGCCGAUGGUUUUGACCUGUGGUCAGUCUGAAGUUAUCUAUAUACACCAGACGACCUUGACCGAUUGGCCAGGAUCAAUUUCGGCGUCCACGUGUGAACUUCCCAUUUGUAAUCAAUACUGCCGUGCAUCUACACACGAUCAUGAUACCUACUUCAAUGGCCGGCAGACGGCACAAUAUACAUUUUGGCGGGAAGGUUUGAUUGGGCAUGACUAUCUGACCGGAAAUUGUAAUACGUCAUCUUCGUCGAGCUUGGUGCACGUUCGAUACGAAUGUUUGAAAGUGAACAGAUUAAACAACGUAUGUAGCAACACCGAGAUUUCGGAUGUGACAUCCGGGUUCCUGACGAGUCCAGGAUUUCCAAGUUCACCAACGUCACGCCGAAAUGGCUGCCAAUGCGAAAUAAAAGCUUCCGAUAAUGGCAUAGUGACCAUGACAGCUAUUCUCAUCAAUCCAGUCCCUACUAACCUUCAACCAAGAUGGACAUUUGAGGUUAUUGAUGGAAAGGGAACAGUUCAAAUCAUGGAUACUGAAGCUCUGUUUACAACAACUGUCGAUCUUCAUUCCUCGACCGAGAUAAAAGUGAAAUUUUCUAGUUCCGGUGACACAACUGGAGUGCGCACUCAUUUAACGUCAUAUCCCAGUGGUUUCUGGGUAAAAUACACAGCUUUUCCCAUGUUUUCGACAAUAACUCUUCGAUGUUCUGCACCUCCUGAUGAGAAUGGCGUAUCUGCAGUUACCAUAGCUGUAUCUUGUGCCUUGGUGGUAGCCUUCAUAUUGUUCCUACUGACCAUUGUGUAUUUUGGACGUAAAUGGUGGCGGAACAAAUACCCUAAAUUACGGAUGAUAAAGCACAGGAAAGCGACACCUGACGGUGGGCGAGACAACUACGGACUUGAGUUUGACUCCCAUUCUGAUCGGUGGUCGGACUCGGAAAUACCGGAUAUUGGUGCCAGCAGGUGCAUGUCACUUCCGGAAAUCUAUCUCGCUCAGCAGAUUGGCAAAAUGAGCCUUGAAGGUCACUCGACCCCUCGUAAAGGACGUGUGGAAGGUCGACGGAAAAUUUCUACGAUCAGUCUCCCUUCCUCAUCUUCCUGUAGACUCUCUGUGAUCACGAACGAGAUUGUGCGAGAGUUCGACGAGUUUGACGACGAGACCGGAAGUUACGAUUCUUUCGCUGUGGAAAUUUUUCAUCUAGAUGGAAUUACUGGUGACGAAAUUGAUGUGUAAAUGGCUCCGGGAUAGGUGGAUUUGAUUGUUAUUAGUAGCCAAAAGUUUAUCAUGAUCAUUUUUUAAAAUAAGCCCCUUAUGUGUGAUGAAUGACCUGUUUGAUAUUUUGUUCUUGGGCUAUAGGCAAUUUUGUCAAUCAUGAAAGUAUCGUAAUUAUGCUUAUUCAUUGGUAUAUAAAUCUGUUAACGAAAUUAUUUCGAGUUAUACAGAGACAACUCAAUCUACCCGAUUCUUCGUUCAACGGCGAUGACGGUAAUUAAAGAAAACAUCUGUUUAGAUACGGACACUGUUUCUGGCAGAGUUAUAAAUUAGUUGGUAUAUAUCAAUUUGAAAAAAACGGUUUCUUUUGCAACUUAAGGAAACUUCUUGAAAGCUAUAAAAUGAGCCACCAAACGUUUAGAGACGAAUGAUGUUUGUGAGAUUAUUGAUCUUCCGUUCUACAUUCAGUUUUCUAAAUCAAGUCGAAACUACGCAAUAAAGUAACAGAAUAAAGUUAAUCUGGUAAAGGUAACCAUCAGGCAAUAUUGAAAAUCAUAUUUUUUUCUUUUUAUUUUCGAGGAUUCCGAGGGCACCCAUGUCCCACGCAAUCCAAUUUUAAAAAAUCACCAUUUAGUGAAAUUAUAGGUAUUUGAUAUUAUGUAACCUUUCACUUCAGGAAAAAAUAAUCAUAACCUGUAAGCAUCAUGGGUUGAGGAUGCAGGAAGGAUACUAUCAAGGAAGAGAAAAUCCGUUUGAAAUUUUCAAAUAGAGUUAUAUUUACUUCAUAUAACUAUAUCAAAUACCGAACCUUUUUCGCCAUUGGCGGUCUAGCUUAUUGUGUCUUGUAGCGUCCGAAAUGUUGUCUACAAAAGGAAGACAACAGUUACAUGAAAAUGUGAUCUAAUCUUCUACUCUUCUCCGCCUUCGAGGUUUCCAAAUGUUUCUCGAAAACCGUAGGGCGGAAUUCGACGAAAAUUUACUUGAGAGUUUGUAUAUGACCAGCGGUACGCAGGAGUAUUUUCGUUUUUCGAUCGGUCAUCCGAUUGGUCAGCCAUCAGAUUGGCUGGAAUUUAUAUAUUGUUUGAUUUUUAGUUAAAUUUGGUAUAUAGCUGUAGUGUGACGAUACAAACGCAGUUGCGAAAUCAACAAUUUUUUAUGACUGUCGGGGUCGUUUGGGGACGUAUGUAACGGUGUCCAUAACAAUGAAUACUUGCUGCUGUUUAUGAUAAGGUAUGGGAAUAUAUACAAUGUACCAUCUAACAGGACUGGUGUUGUUUGCGUUUAAUUCACAAACUUGUAAGAUUUAGAAAAUGUAUGAUAAGAAUGCAUGUUAUUAUGAAUGAAUGUAUGUUAGUAA